AAGGUAUAAGAAUAGUUUAGAGAAUCUAGAUUCGAAAAAUUCCUCAUCUUGUUUCUUCGUUUCCUAUAAUCUUAUUAUUAUGGAAGCACUUUCUCUUCCCACAAUCAGUGUUACCAAUUCGAACAGCAACACCUACAUUUCUCUAAGUGCUGCUACUAAUUAUGCCUCACUCUCUUCCUUACAGCACCGUCCUUCUUCCUCAACCAAACACUUCACUAUGAAGAAGAGUGUUGUUCUUGUAAAAGCUGAGAAUGAAGAAGAUUUUGAACUGAAGCAAGUCAGGGAUAUGGCUGCUGCCAGAAAGAGAUGGGAAGCUCUGCUCAGGGAUGAAAAAAUUAAGGUUCUUACCCCAAGGGAAGCUGGGUAUGCAGUACAGCUUUCAAACAAGCCCCUUCUUGAUGUUCGCCCCUCAAAUGAACACAACAAGGCAUGGGUGAAAGGUUCAACUUGGAUUCCAAUAUUCAAUGUCGAUGAUGGUCUAGAUGUUGGAACCAUUCCCAGAAAAAUCACAAAUUUCGCUAUGGGAGGUUGGUGGAGUGGCAUGCCUACACUCUCUUUUGACAACUUGUUCUUACCCAAAGUUGCGGAGAAGUUCCCCAAAGAUGCAGAACUAAUUGUUGCAUGCCAGAAGGGACUGAGAUCACUAGCUGCUUGUGAACUGCUAUAUAAUGCUGGCUACACCAACCUGUUUUGGGUUCAAGGAGGCUUUGAUGCUGCCGAAGAAGAGGAUCUUGUCGUGGAGGGUUCAGCGCCUCUUAAGUUUGCUGGAAUUGGUGGUGUUUCGGAAUUCCUCGGUUGGACUGAUCAACAAAGAGCUGCUGCAGCCAAGGAAGGUUGGGGAUACAGAUUAGUGUUUUCGGCACGCCUGAUUGGAGUAUUUUUUGUUGCCGAUGCAUUAUUUAUCGGCGCUCAGCAAAUUGGACGCUAUCUUCAGGAGAUUAGGACUCAUUGAGAUACUAUGGUUACAUUUGAGUUAUUGAUUAAUCCUGGUGUAGACAAUGUUCCUUGAUGUGGAUGAGAAAAUAGAGACAACGAGCUGAGGAACUCAAUUUUGAAUGCCGACCCUUGUCAGAGGCUUAUUGCCCAUGGUUUAGUUAGAUUUAUAAGCACGUGCUUUCUGAAAUUUAUUUCAUAAUGGAAUCAUAAAUCCAAGUUUAGAUGCGCUGUGGUUCUAGUUUAGGUUUCUUCCAUGUGCUAUGCACCAAUAGUGUUUUUUGGCCAAAGUCUUGUAUGUGAUAAUACUGCUUCGUGAAUGUUAAUAUUUUGGCACAUGCAUGUAUUGUAGACGUUGAUAUAGUAGAUGAAUUGUUGAUAUAGUAGAUGAUUUCCGAACCGUGAUUAUAUUGUUGCAUAACAGAAACCCUCUUACUUC